GUUAUUCUUGCUAUGACAAGAUCGUUAAUUUUAAGCGCACCAAAAAAUAAGUUUCAUUGAGUAAACCUGUAUAUCUUUAAACGUACACAGAAUAAAGUUGUACAGGAUACGUAAAAAGAUAUAACUGCACUCUACCUGUUAGUAACACAAACUACGCUGCUGUUCAAGAAUCAUACAGGUUUACAGCCAUAGACCUUAUACUAACACUUAGUAUACAGCCAAGUACAUAUUUCAAUGGAAGUCCUCGAAGAGAAUCGUAAAGUAUUGUUACGCACCAAUGAUCGUUUGACCAGCAUAAAAUCUAUUGCUGUAGAAACUGAAGAAAUUGGUUCUGCGAUUGUUCAAGAAUUGGGAGAACAAAGACAGACACUCCAUGGUACUCGCAAUCGAUUGGAAGACAUUGACAGUUCCAGAAUAUCUUCACACCGUUAUAUCUCUGCUAUUAAUAGACAUGUUUUCCAAGACAAACUUAUGCUUGUACUCAUUAUUAUUAUUGAGGCUUGCUCUUUAGUUGGACUUGUCUAUAUAAAAUUUAUAAAAAAUUAACUUUGUUGAAACAAUGCAUAAUAUACUACACCUUACAUUGCUCUAAAAU